CCAUGGCCCAAGGGUUGGAGGUGGCCCUCACCGACUUCCAGAGCUCUUGGAAUAACGUGAGGCACCACACAGACGAGAUCAGCGUUGACUCCCUCCUUGUCCGUCGGGGCCAGGCCUUCAACAUCACCCUUUACUUCAGGAACCGGGGCUUCCAGCCAGGCCUGGACAACAUCAUCUUUGUGGCUGAGACUGGGCCCCUGCCAGAACUGGCCAAAGGCACUCGGGCAGUGUUCAGCCUGGCAAGCUGUGGUGGACCCAGUCCCUGGAUCGCCUCACUGGAGACCAAUGGGGCCACCUCAAUGGAAGUGAGCCUGCGUGCCCCGCCCAUGGCAGCUGUGGGUCGGUAUGUCCUGAAAAUUCAUAUCAGCUCCUGCCAGGGGUCUGUCACAGCCUACCAGCUCGGGGAGUUCAUCCUGCUCUUCAAUCCCUGGUGCCCAGGGGAUGCUGUCUUCUUGGACAGUGAACCUCAGAGGCUGGAGUAUGUUGUGAAUGAUUAUGGCUUCAUCUACCAAGGGAACAAGAACUGGAUCCGUCCGUGCCCCUGGAACUACGGACAGUUUGAAGAGAAUAUCAUAGACAUCUGCCUGGAGCUGCUGGACAAGAGCCUGCACUUUCAGAUCGACCCAGGAACGGACUGUGCCCUGCGGGGAAGCCCUGUCUACAUCAGCAGAGUGGUGUGCGCCAUGAUCAACAGCAACGAUGACAAUGGGGUACUCAAUGGAAACUGGAGUGAAAAUUACACGGAUGGUGUCAACCCUGCAGAGUGGACUGGCAGUGUGGCCAUCCUGAAGCAGUGGCAUGCCACAGGUUGCCAGCCAGUGCGCUACGGACAGUGCUGGGUCUUUGCUGCUGUCAUGUGCACAGUGAUGAGGUGCCUGGGGAUCCCCACUCGCGUGAUCACCAACUUUGACUCUGGCCAUGACACCGAUGGAAACCUGAUCAUUGAUGAGUACUAUGACAACACAGGCAGGAUUCUGGAGAAUAAGAAGAAGGACACUGUCUGGAAUUACCAUGUUUGGAAUGAGUGCUGGAUGGCUCGUAAGGACCUCUCUCCUGGAUAUGGAGGCUGGCAGGUGCUGGACGCCACACCGCAGGAGACCAGCAAUGGCCUCUACUGUUGUGGCCCUGCCUCUGUCAGAGCCAUCAAAGAAGGAGAAGUGGAUCUGAACUACGACACAUGCUUUGCAUUUUCUAUGGUGAAUGCUGACUGCAUGUCCUGGCUCGUCCAUGAUGGAAAAGAAGAGAAACUUUACCAUGACACAACUACUGUUGGUAAUUUUAUCAGCACCAAGAGCAUCCAGAGUGACGAGCGGGAUGACAUCACAGAGAGCUACAAGUAUGGAGAAGGUUCCCCCCAAGAGAGGCAGGUGUUUCUGAAGGCUCUACAGAAGCUGAAGACUAGAAGGCCCCAAGACACACAUCGAGUAGACUCAAGACCCACCAGGUUCAUGUCACCAAACCAGGACAGCCCUCACAGCCUGGAUACAUCGCCUCUCCAACCAAGCGAUGUUGUCCAGGUCUCCCUGAAAUUCAAGCUACUUGACCCACCCAACAUGGGCCAGGACAUAAACUUUGUCCUAUUGGCCCUCAACAUGUCACCCCAGUUCAAGGAUCUCAAAGUGAACCUGAGUGCCCAGUCCCUUCUGCAUGAUGGCAGCCCCCUGUCCCCAUUCUGGCAGGACAUAGUGUUCCUUACACUGUGUCCUAAAGAAGCAAAGACCUACCCCUGCAAAAUCCCCUAUUCCCAGUACAGCCAGUUCCUGUCAACAGACAAGCUAAUCCGUAUCAGCGCCCUGGGUGAAGAAAAGAGCAGUCCUGAGAAAAUCCUGGUGAACAAGAUCAUCACCUUGACUUAUCCGGGCAUCACGAUUAAUGUUCUAGGAGCAGCGUUUGUGAACCAGCCACUCUCCAUCCAGGUGAUAUUUUCAAACCCUCUCUCAGAGCCAGUUGAGGACUGUGUGCUGACCUUGGAAGGAAGUGGCCUCUUUAAGAAGCAGCAGAGAAUCCUCAUUGGAGUCCUCAAACCCCAUCACAAAGCCACCAUCACUCUGAAGACUGUUCCUUUCAAGAGUGGCCAAAGGCAGAUCCAAGCCAAUCUGAAGAGCAACAAGUUUAAGGACAUCAAAGGUUAUAGAAAUGUAUAUGUAGACUUUGGGUUAUAAAUUCUGGGACAGUGAACUGGACAUGUUGAUUUUAAACUUCAGAAAAAGGAGCAGGUUCAAAUGCAAGCUGUGCCUUCCCCCCAACACCAAAGAUUCCAUCAGGCUCUGACAUCAUCAGCGGGGGAGAUGCCCAGGGCAGUUCCCUGGGUCAUUAGCACGGUUCCCCAGGACUCUCUUCAGGACCCUGGGAUUCCAUGGUAUCCCAUUCAGAAGUGUUUUUCAGCAGAGAGGUCAGAGGAUACUGGUUGAACUUGGCCAUGAUUUUCUGCCCCUCAGACGUCAAGGAAAGAAGACUGGCUUAGCCAUUCUCUGUUGCUUUGUUGUUGCAAUGGCUAGCUCCCAAUAAACAUCAGU